AUGACCUACCACGUCGAACACCCGUCCGUGUUGAAACGGUUGCACGGCACCUUCAUGGUGAUCGCCUGGCUAUUUUUUAACUCUCUGGGCAUAUCAGUUGCCAGAUACUUUAAACAAACUUGGAUCAAUCGACAGCACUUCGGAGUUUCGAGGUGGAUUUUCUACCACCGAGUGUAUAUGUCGUGUUGCUGGAUACUAACCAGUGCCGCCAUCAUUUUCAUCUUCAUCGACCUGAAAGGGUACAAAGCAAGCGCACACGCCGCCGUAGGUUUGACGACGUUUGCCAUAUGCUUUCUUCAGCCUAUCCUGGGACUUCUGAGUCCGCCUCAGCAGCAGGCACGGAAUGCGCUUCAAUUCUUGCACCGGAUUGUCGGACACGUCGCCUACAUUCUUGCCGUAACGAGCAUGUUUUUAGCUGUUGGUCUGCAAGCGGCCAGGAUAUCCAAAACUAUGUAUGGACUGCUGGCCGGGUCUAUAUUCAUCCACGUUCUUGCCCAUAUUAUGUUCAACAUUCUGGAAUAUCUGACAAGACAAAAAGGGGUGUUGGCGUUAGACGCGAAUGAGGAUGCAUCGUUUUCCCGCUGGAGAAAAACUACUCUGAUGUUGCAGAUGAUUGGUCUGUACGCCUUUACCUUUGCGAACGUGGUUUACGUGUGGGGCGGAUGA